UUGGUCAGUGAUGAAACGUUGCUUGCUUCCACAGGAUAAAGAGCAAGGGAAGAACAUUGUAGUGGUGGGGAGCUGGAAUGCAGAGGAACACGUCGAGUGGGCCAAUAAAAAUGUUGCCAGAUCCUACCAGCUCAAAGAAGAUGGCGUGCAGAAAGUCAAGUUGGUUUCCCACUUCUACGGCCACGGGGAUGUUUGUGAUAUGACAGGGAAGCCCAGACAGGUCAUUGUCAAGCUCAAAUGUAAAGAGUCCGAGUCUCCACAUGCCGUCACUGUCUAUAUGCUGGAGCCUCAGACUUGUCAGUACAUCCUUGGGGUCGAGUCUCCAGUCAUAUGCAGGAUUCUGGACACUGCAGAUGAAUAUGGACUUCUGUCGCUCUCCAGCUAAACUGACCAACACCAUGUGACAGCGACAGCACACAGGAAGAGGACAGACGGAGAGAGAUAUGCGCUUCCAAACAUUGAGGACGCAGAAGCUGAAAUAUAGAGUAAGAGAGAUGCCCAUGACACUGUGCUAAAGCCAAGAUCAAGAUCAGACUUAAGUUAAACUUGAGGCUGAGGCUGGACUUCAUGUAGCACAGGAGCUCAACCCACGGCGUCACCUGCGCAACGGACAAUGCUACUAUGUCGGUCUAAUCCAGCAGCGGGUCUCGCUCAGACGUUUGUGGAAACAGUGAAACGGGGCCGAUGCCUCCGCUCCAUAAGGCAGUGGAUUCAUCACCUAUCCUUAAUAAUCUAUGCUUCACUUUGUGUUGAUUAAUUGCAAGUAAACGAGUGAUGAAUCAGGGGAUUCAUAAAUAUCAGGGGAAUCAACAAUAAUCAUGGUGGUUUUAAUUGUCUGUGUGUAUUUGAGUGGGUGUGUGUGUAUGUGUAUGUGUGUGUGCAUUCAAGUGAUUAGUGGUUUGACUGUUGCACUUUGUAUUUGUAGAUAUGAGAAAAAGAAAGUCUUAUAAUGUUUUUGCUGCAGCGUGAGUUUGUUGCUGUGUUAAUUUGCAGGAUGAGUGACGACUAAAGUGAGCGGUUGAUUUAAGUUUCGUUUGGGUUGGUAGGAUGUACAGAAUGUGAAGGUGUGUGUGAAAAUAUGAAAACACACACCGGGAUUAUAGUCACUGCUGUAUCACAGAGAGGAAAACCAAGCGUUUGAAGGAAAGAAUAAAAGUAAAACUUGAAACCUCA